AUGGCGCUCGCUGUAGUAACCACAACUAAAAAGCUAAAAUACUACUUCCAAAGCCAUAAUAUGGUGGUGAGAACAAAUCAGCCCCUGAGAAAGGCGAUCCAAAGACCUAAGACAUCCGGGAGACUCGUCCAUUGGUCCAUCCAACUUAGUGUGCACGAUAGCCGAUACGAACCCCGCCCAACACUAAAAGCGCAAGCUUUGGCGGAUUUCGUAGCCGAAAUAACCCCCGGCAAAGCGGAAGAAUUUGUACCAGAAUUAGUAUGGAAACUUCACGUAGAUGGAGCUUUGAAUGAAAAGGGAGAAGGAGCGGGAGCCAUUCUCAAAGGACCCAAAAAGGUGAAAAUGGAAUAUGGAGUAAAUAUCCAAUUCACCGCUAGCAACAACGCUGCAGAAUAUGAAGCCCUGAUCGCAGGACUCGGUUUAGCUCUGGAAAUACAAACAAAAAUCUUGAAGAUAUACAGUGACUCUCAGCUGGUAGUGAAUCAAGUCAAGGGAGAAUAUCAUGCCAAAGAAGCAGGAAUGAUCGAAUACUUGGAAAAAGUCACAAAGCUACUUCGCCAACUAGAAGCACAGGGAGGACAGUGGGAAAUCAUGCAAAUCCCACGAGAAGAAAAUACCGAUGCUGACGCCAUCGCCAAGUCAGCGUCCGAGCUGGGAGAUCUAUUCACAAAAAUGCAGCUAAAAGAAACUCUCGCUUCACCAAGCAUAAAAAAAGAAGCAAUAAUGACUAUCGACGAAGCCGACUCCUGGAUGACCCCGCUAAUCAAAUACUUAGACCAAGGAGAACUACUUAUAGACAACGUUGAAGCAAUCCGGACCAUCCGCAAAUCAGCCAACUACUCAUGUCAUAACGGAGUCCUUUACCGGACCUCCCUAAAUCAUCCUUGGUCAAGAUGCGUCUCGCCAAAAAGUGGAAGCUCAAUCCAUAAGAAAAUCCAUGAAGGAAUAUGCGCGGCACACGAAGGAGCGGUCACCAUUGCAAGAAAAACAAUGCUUCAAGGGUACUACUGGCCAACCAUCAAAGAAGAUGCGAAAGCACUGGUGAAAAAAUGUGAUAAAGGCCAAAGGCACGACAACGUCAACCACCGGCCAGCAGUACCAAAGGGAUCCCUAGAGAGUCCUUGUCCGUUCGCCACAUGGGGAAUUGAUAUAGUAGGACCAUUCGAAUCUGGAAGAAACCAAAUGAAAUUUUUGAUCGUAGCAGUCGAACACUUCACAAAGUGGGUUGAAGUAGCGCCAGUCUCAACAAUAACCGCGGCUAGAGUGGAGGAGUUCUUUAAAAACGAAGUAAUAUGUCGGUUCGGCAUACCUCAUACAAUAGUAGCAGAUAAUGGAAAGACGACCCCAAGAAAAGGAACGGGCGAGACACCCAUCAGGCUCGCCUAUGGCACUGAAGCGGUAAUACCUGUAGAGAUCGAGGGGAGAAGACAUCAAGCAGGAAUUCGAGCUGUGGCUUAUAAGAAACAAGCUGCCAAGUAUCACAACAGGAGAAUAAACUCGAGGGAAUUUCAAGUAGGCGAUCUCGUCCUACGAAACGCCGAAAUUGGCAGAGGAAUUGCUGGAGUAAAUAAAAUGCAACUGAAUUGGGAAGGACCCUACAUAGUGGAAGAAACUACUGGAAAAGGCGCAUACAAGCUAAAAACAAUGACCGGAUCCAUGGUCCCAAGAUAUUGGAACGUAGAACAUCUAAGAAAAUACUACCAAUAG